CGUCGCUCAAGUCGUUCCUCGGGAGCCAACCUCUUGCAUCCAUCUCGCGGGUCAGCCUCUGCUUCUCCCUGUCCCUUGUUAUUCUCUUCGAGUUCCAUUUGUGUGUAUUAGUCCAAAGAUGGUUAAGCCCAUCCAUCAUCCUCUGAUGGCCCAUCUGAAUCAAUGCCGUAGCAACCGCAGGCAUACCAUGGCCCCCUGGUCCCCUGGUCUCCUCCUCGACAUCUAUGACCCGGGGCCCUGGUCGCUCUCUACCUUCGUUCUGCUUCAAGAAUGCUCCUCUUCCUACAAGUCUGCCUCGUUCCUCUCGAUCUUUCUCUAUUGCUCUUCUUGAUUUUUUGAUAUCAGUAUUGCAUCGUCCUGCGUCAGAAUCCAACACAAGCCUUCAACGUUGCUAUUUAUUGCUCAGUAGGAAUUUCCCAAAACGUGGUUGUUCCCCCUCCCCAUCCAACACUUGACUUCCCCGUUGUCAAAUGCGCCUCAUAAAGUGAUCCCCACCAUUACCGCGUGUGUUUCUCAAAAUCGCCAAUCAGCGGCUCACGAAUCCCUAAGUCCAACAUUCAACACAUGCAUUGACAAAGCGCUCGGCUUUCCUGACUUAAACCCCUUCAUUUUCCAACAUAUCAACUGGUUGCCUCGUCGACUUUUGGUCACAGACUUCAUCCCUCUUUCUCUUCUUCUAUCAAAAUGGAGUUGACCCCUCAAUCACAACGUUCUCCAACAUCGCCCUUUCGAUACACAUCAAACCCUCAGCCGCUCUAUGAGUAUCCGUCACCAGCUCAAAGUGACUCGCACUACAAACCAACCGAACCUCUCCAAGGCUUAGGGCUCUACUCGUGUGCAAUGACAGGAUCGCCAACAGAUAAUGGUGGCUCAGUGGUCACACAACUUCCAUCAUCAACUACAGCCACCAACCACUGGCCAACGACCAACUUACAACAUCGCAACGAGCCCAGGUCGACUCAGUCAACUCCCAACAUCCUUUCAGCAGACUACGAUCCUUUCACACCCUUUCACCCAGCCGUACCAGCUGCGUAUAGUCAUGAUAUAUAUUCUACCCAGACUGCCGAAUCCUCGAUACUACCAGCUUCUCCAGCACCAUCAGGUCACGCAUCCCAAAGAUCUUCAUUUUCAUCAACUCCUGCAUCUGAAAUAUUCACGCAACCUGGAUCCAUCCACUCUUACACGCCGCAUGUUAAGAUGGAAGACCAUCCAGAAUAUGCUUCUUCCAACGGAGAGUCAAUCAUGAUCAGUGCAUCGCCACAACUGAACCACAACAAUAUUCUCGUUUCAUCCACUAGUCCAUACCCAGGGAGCCUCGAGGCAACAUAUUAUCAAGAUCAACAACCUCCUUUGGAAUGGCCUAAGAUCGAGUAUCCAAUAACCACUCAAGAUUUGCCUUCCAUCUCGUCUCUACCCAUUCCACCAUACGACAGGCGGUCUGAAAGUCAGGAACGAGGAGUAACUAGAGCUCAAGCACGUCGGGGUCACAGUACUAUUGCACGAACAAGGCAACCUCGUAAACUCACCACUAAGGAGGACGCAAAUUUCCAAUGUACCGUCAAGGGUUGUGGAAAGCUUUUCGGUAGGAGCUACAACUAUAAAGCUCACAUGGAAACGCAUGACGCAAGUCGAGAAUACCCAUUUCCUUGUCCUAUGAAGGAUUGCAACAAGAAAUUUGUAAGAAAAACGGAUUUGCAAAGACAUCACCAAAGCGUCCAUAUGAAGCAACGCAAUCACCGAUGUGAUUAUUGUAGCCGAUUUUUUGCCCGCAAGGACACUCUCAGAAGGUAUGUUUACUCUUAUUCCUCUUUCUAGUUCUUUCGCUAAUGCGAGCAGACAUAUGGAAGACGGUUGUUCCAAGCGUUUCGAUAUCGAAACCGUAGACUUUCGGCCGCAAAUUUACACCACCAACCCACACCCACGCUCCAUGCGCGUCAAUCCACGACAAGCGGAAAACGCGUCUAGACAAGCUUCAUACAGUUCGUCUAAUGGCCUCGGUCCCCAUGACAGCGCGCUCACGGCAGCCCCGGGACCAUACCUGGAACGACAUGGGUACCUGUCCAACAACGAUGACCACCAUCAGCAGCAAGCGUGGUCAAGCUGAUCAGGAUAUCUCGUAUCAAUAUCUACACCGAGCAACAUAUCCAAAAAGAGUUUGACCUACAUUUCCACGCAUCCUCUGCCGAGCCCCAAAACGCCGUCAUCAUUUCAUCAACCCGUCUUGAGACGGCAUUGGUUUCUUCCGAGAACUGUGGCGAUGAAGACUGUUGGGGGCGGCUGACGGGUUACACUUCAACCUCACCGCGCAGAUGGCAGUACCCUGGUCUUAUGUGCACGUUACUGGAUCCGACUAAUCUUUUCGUAUUUCUCCUUCAUCUCACUCCAUAAUGAAUUCGCAUCGGGCUGUAAACGGCAUCAACACUAUUUUCCUACAUUAUUGGGCUCGGGGCAUGCACUGGGUUUUCGGCGUCAUUUGUUGUCAUGUUGGUCGAAUACCCUUUCUUACGUUCGCGGAUAUACACACUAUGUAGCAAUUUUUUGAAGGAUGUAUGGGAAUUAUGAUACUACGCGAGUGCUUAUCACGAAACCCUAGAAGAGGGCGGGCUUGUACGAUGUAUUGUAGUGGGAAACUGGGAUAUUGGCUGCACUGUACGGUUGGAGUUGACAGAAAGUGAUUUAGGAGAAAAGGAGAAAAGGAAAAAAAGAAAAAAACUCGUACGAGUUGGCAUUCAGAGCUUGUCGAGGCUCGACUUACUCACAAAGAGUCAGAAAAAUGAGAGACUCCACACUUUUUUGCCCUGA